AUGAUCACUUACGGCCAUAAGAAGCAGUGCUUCGAAGAGUUGGGCUGUUUUUCCAGCCAAUCGUUUGCGGAAGAAGUGAAACAAGAGUUAACUUCAGGCGAUGCCGUCUCUGCAAUCAAGUCGGCCACCGCUCUCAACCAACUCCUGUCCAUAUGUCCCAUACAUCCCAACGUAAUGAACGCCACUCUACUAUUAUUUACGCCAACAUCGACUAAAGUGCAAUCAUUUGCAGCGUACAAGACAGACAUGGAUCAGUUUAAGGCCAGCGACUACUCGCCGCAAAGACCCACCGCUUUCAUAGUACACGGAUAUACUGAUUACUACGAGGAAUGCGAUGGCCAGGGAAGGUGCGCCUGGAUGGCUACCAUCAAGAACUAUUUUCUAUCCCAAAAAUACAACGUGAUAGCCGUGGACUGGAAAACGCCGGCCUCUGCUAUCAAUUACUUCGACGCGGCGUUCAAUACGCAGAUUGUGGGCGCAAUCGUCGCCCGAUUUAUUGCAAAACUGAUGGCAACGUCGGCCACCAAUCCCUCUGAUAUACAUCUGGUGGGUCACAGUCUGGGGGCACAGGUCUGCGGCUUUACGGGCAAAAGUGUUCAAUUGAUAACGAAUGGGAAGUCAAAAGUUGGACACAUCACUGGCUUAGAUCCGGCCGGACCUGGAUUUACGGGCAAACGACUGGAUCCCGGAGACGCCAAUCUGGUCACUGUUAUUCACACCAGCGCUGGUCUCACCAAGAACAUUAAGUCGGGCGAAAACCCUCUGGAAUCGGUUCAGUUGUUUGGUUUCCUGGGCCAUAGCGAUGCAUUGGCUCACUUUGACUUCUGGCCAAACGGGGGCAGUGGUCAGCGCGGCUGCGAGAAGAUAUCGGCCAAGUUGGCUAAAGAGAUGGCGACCUCAGGAUUCAGUGCGUUGGCCCAAAAGGCGAAAUGUGAUCACUCGAGAGCCACAGAAUUGCCAACAUAUGAAUUAAAAGCGCGCCGACCGGACAGUUGCCAAAUGAUUGGCUACCAGUGCGAGAGUUACAAAGUGUUUACGACUGGGAAGUGCGCCGAUUGUGGCUCCGAUAAUGAUCUGUGCCGUCCGAUGGAGUUUUGGCCACAAUAUUAUCCCAAACGUAUCGAUACGCCCACAAAGUUAUCACUAAACAAGUUAUAUCUGUUGACUGCGGCAAAGAAACCCUUUUGUCUUUUUCACUAUCAGAUUGUGAUACUGAUGGCGGAGACAUCAUUGGCCGGCACUUUCACCCUUAACCUCAAAACUGUUAAACCAAUUGUCGCUAAGAUUGAGAGCGAUUUGUUAGGCUUUAAGUCGGGCCAGAAUUAUACCUAUUUAUACACCGAUAGCCAACAUUUGGGACAAAUAGCCGAAGUAAUGGUCAGUUUUAAAAAGAAAAUCGCCGGAAAAUUGUCAUCGUUUGGCCCAAAUGUCAAUCCCAUGGCUCCAAAAGCUGUUAAAAAUGAUCCCAAAAUAGCAAUGAUUUCUAUUAAUUUUAUGAGCAAUUUUGACAAAAGUAUACGUAAUAAAUAUUCAUCGCGAUUAUAUGCCGACGCCAAGACGCCGACAGUAUUUCGUAUCAAAACAAAUGCUAAAAUAUCCAAAUUACCAAAUAAUCAAAGACCGCUGGCCAGAAAGACCCAGGGCAAAAGACCGCUACACAGAAAGAACGCGGGAUCAAGACCUAGAACCAGAAAGAUACCGGGAUAA